AUGGCUCACCAAGCCUUCCAUCUCUCUGGGAUCGGCAAAUUAGUACGACUUGUCUGGAAGAUGAGCAGCACUGGCUCGAUACAUCGAUUGGCCACCGCGAAUCAUUAUAAAGACCAGAUAGGCAUUCAGUCACCUUCAACGAUACUUAAUGAAGCCGAAUACCGUGUUUAUAAACAUUUAGUCGCAAUUAAACUACAAAACGCAAAAACCUUCUUCACCAAAAUGACCAUAAUCUGUGUAGAUAAUCCGUUGUGCCCAAUGUCGCCAGGACGUGAAGUCCUCGACUUUUCUUUUGAUCCAUCACUUCCUUCCACUCGUUUAUUUCGAAGGACUCACAAUAAAGUGUCUGCUUACCAGGUUUGUUUACGAUAUAAUAGAGACUGGCUCAAAGAUUUGUUGAACCUCACCGUUCAUAUGAGAAUGCACUUCUGA